AUGGCCCUUGGCUGUCUAAUCGCGUUGCUACUCGUCCCGUCGCUUGUCUCGGGAGCUGCCAUGCCCUCGCAAGGUGGCGACGCGUCGCAGCAAGCGCAACAGAUGGCAGACGAUGUAGCUAAGGCGCUACAGGCCAGAAUAGAUCAACUAAACGCCGCUCUCGCGAAAAUCACUGCGGAGAAGCUGCAGGUUCAGAAAACCGUCGCGCAGCUAGCCGAGGUCGUGAAGAACAAGGUGGCUGCUUUGACCCAGGCGAAAGACGCGGCAACUGCUGCGACGAAGGCGAAAAUCGCCGCAAUCGCGAGCGCGAAUGCGAAAGCUUCGGAGCUCGCGAAAAACGCAGACAUUUUGAAAAAGGCGAAAGCUGCGGCAGACGCGGCCGGCAAGACGACGGCCAAGGCGCAAUCAGCGCUCGAGAGCGCGAAAAAGAAGGCGGCAAGCUCGCCGACGAAAGCUAACACGGACGCGUUGGCGACGGCACAGAAGGACUACGAUGCGAAGUUCGCAGCGUCGCAAACGGCGCUCGCGAGCCUCGCGUCUGCUAAUUCCGCCUACUCCACAACCGCCGCAGAUAAAGCUGCAGCGGAUAAGGCUGCGGCGGAUGCGACAUCGAGGGAGAAGGUCUCGCUGAAGCAGGCUUCCGUUGCGGAGGCAGAUCUUAACGACGCGAAUAAGCAGAAGAGCUCAGCGGACAAGCUCGAAGCGGAGAAAGAGGCGGCGGAAAAGGCGGCGACGUCCAUGGCGUCGGCAGCGCGAAUCGCGGCGGAUAGGGCGGCGUCGUCGAUGAUCACGACUGUGACUACAACGGGGCUUUCGUCUACCGCGACGGUGACGUCGACAACGAAUAAGAACAACACAUCUACCGGUAGCACCUCGACUUCCUCCUCCUCCACCUCCUCCUUGAUUCUCGGCAGCGCGGUUUUUAACGACGACAAGUAUAACUACGCCGUGGGGCUUAACGACUGCGGCCCGCCCAACGACGUCACCUGCAGCGACGCGCCGACGACCUCCACGGGCCGGCUUAGCCGAUACGUGAUCCCCAAUGGCGGGCGGUGCGCGGGCGCAGUUGCGCCGGUGUGCGCGGGAGGGGGACUCACGUCGGCGGAUUGCGCAACCGCAUGCGCCAACAUGCUUCCCCUAUACCUCCCAUUUUCCACUUUUCUUACUCUCUACUCCCUUAUCCUAUUAUCCCAAACCCUGACACAUUAUCCCUUACUUCCCACCCCUCUCCCCACCCUUCCAUCCCGUACCCCACCUCCUCCUUCCCACUCUUUCUCACUUCUUCCGCCUCCUCUCCACGCCCGCCCGUGCAGCCCUGAAGCGACCCAGUGCACCAACUGCGGAGUGUGCUUCCUCUACCAGCCCACGGACCCCGCGCCCAAGUGCCAGACGUCCAUGAUCUUUGCAGGAGGCAUCAACCGCCUAGAGGCCAACGUCUCCAGGCUCGGCCGACCCUGCACCGUCAAACAGCCGCCGCCGCCGCCUCCCCCCUCUCCCCCGCCUCCCCCUUCCCCGCCUCCUCCGUCUCCUCCUCCCCCGUCCCCCCCUCCUCCCACCCCAACCGCGACCAUUCUGUGGAACGACGGCAAGUACCCUACUACGGGCGUGACGACGUGCACGGCUCCUCUGGACAUUCCGUGCACGGACAACUGCACGGACAACAGCGGUCUGAAUGGUCGCUACUUCGUCCCCAACGGCGGGCGCUGCGGCACUAACUUGACUCCCCGGUGCUUCGGCAACGCCGUUCUGCGCCGGCAGUGCUGCGCGGCGUGCACCAACUCGACCGCGUGCUCCUUCUGGCAGCACUACAUCCCGUCGUCGCUCUCGUGCUCCAACUGCGGUAUCUGCUACCUGUACAAGCCCACGGACGCGCAGCCCACUUGCGAGACGCGCACGGUGGUGGUCGGCGGUGUGACGCGCACGUAUGCGAACGCGUCGACUCUGGGCCGCCCGUGCCCGUACACGAAGCACGACCCGCACUUCCGCGGCGCGCACGGCACGCGGUUCGAGUUCAACGGCGCGCCGGAGAAGUCGUACUGCCUGCUGACGGACUCGAGCCUGCACGUGAACAUGAAGAUGCGCGGGUACUAUGACACGCGCACCAUUGGCGCAUCUCUGCUGCGCAACGGGCUGGCGGUGCGCACGUGGAUCCGCGAGCUGGGCUUCGUGUGGAGCGUUGACGGUGUGGAGCACUCUUUCCGCCUGGCGGCGCGCAACGGCAAGUCGGACAAGCGCGACAACGGCUUCCUCUCGCUCAUCGAGUUCGACGGCCGCGUCCUCCCCUCCCUCGAGCCCGGUGAGUCGUACAACGUGGACGGCGGGCUGGCGUUUGUGUUCAAGGGGUACGAGCAGGAGGGCGGCGGAUUCUUCGAUGUGGACGCGUACUCGCUGCGCAUCGGCGACAAGCUGGCCAUGGACAUCAAGCUGAGGCCCGCGCACCCGCUGCUGCAAACGCCCGACGACGCGCAGGUGCACCUGAACGUCAACUUCAAGCACGUGUCGCGCUCCCCGUCGGUGCACGGCAUCAUGGGACAGACGUACCGCGAGGGCCGCGCCGAGCGUGCCAUUGACUACGCCAUGCUGUCGCGGCUGCUGCGCACUCCCUUCUCUGCCGACGGCGACAACGGCCAGGGCUUCCUGGACGGCAAGUCCGCCGACUACGAGACGUCCGGAGUGCUCUCCACCGACUGUGGCUACUCCGCUUUCUCCAAGUAA